AUGUCUCCCGUUGAGAUUCUUGAUUUUCUAGCGAGUUUUCAAGAAGAUAUUGCACUUGUGCGUAUAUUAAAGGAUCCAGAACGUAGUAAUUGUAUGGUACUCAUGCAAUUUAAGUCACAAGAACGAGCGGAUCAAUUUUUUCACGACCAUAAUGGUAAAUAUUUCAACUCAAUUGAGCAGGAACGAUGUAAGAUUGUGUUUGUGAGAAGCAUUGAGUUUGAUCCUGUGGUAGGUGAAGAAUAUCCAGAUAAUGAUGCAUUGGAAGAAAAAGAUGCAGAUGAAGCAAAUACGCUUGUUGGUACUUUAAGUCCUCGGUUGGAGAGAAGAAUCAACAGUGAACAAAUGCGGAAAUUAUUUCCACCACCACCUGCAGGAAUGACCGAGAUUCCGACGUGUGCAGUCUGUUUAGAUCGACUAGAUGCUUCAGCGUCGGGUAUUUUAACGACGUUGUGUAAUCAUUCCUUUCAUUGUGAUUGUCUCUUUCGAUGGGAAGGAUCAAGCUGUCCAGUGUGUCGAUACAGCCAUGGAGAUAUCGGGUCGUCGUGCGAGGUUUGUGGCAUAGCGGAGCACCUUUGGAUAUGUCUGAUCUGUGGCCACGUAGGCUGUGGGCGAUACUCGGGUGAACACGCUAAAGAACACUAUCAGGAUACACUGCAUACGUAUUCGUUAGAACUAGAGACACAGCGCGUGUGGGACUACGCGGGCGAUGGAUAUGUACAUCGAUUGAUUUUGAACAAGCAAGAUGGCAAGUUUGUGGAGUUUCCAAGUCCGGAAAACCAUAGCGGCGAACGCUCACAGAAUCCGCCAACUACUUCCGCAGAGGAGGAGGAAGGGGAACAUCGGAAACUUGAGAAGCUUGCAGUCGAGUACAAUUUUCUUUUGAAGAGCCAACUGGAAGAGCAACGUCUCUAUUACGAACGACUGCUUGUACGCGUGGAAGAAGGCGAGAGCCGGCAGCUGCUUAAUGCACACGAGCGCGAACGCAAACAGCUUAAGAAAGCAAAUAUAAAUCUAGCUCAAAAGACGAAAAAGCUGGAGGAGGAGCUGGCAUUUGUCAGAGAGCUGAACAAAUCGCUGAUUGAAAACCAGAAGCAGUGGAAGGAGCGCGUACGUCUAUUAGAGGAGCAAAAUGCACGGGUUGAGCAGCAAACAGCGUUGCGCAUUGGUGAUCUCGAGGGCCAGGUCCGCGAUCUAAUGUUCUAUUUAGACACGCAGAGCAAGGUGGAGCAGAGUGCUCACCGAGAGGAUAUUAUUGGUGGCACAAUCAAAAUUGAAUCCAGGACGGCAGGUACAGACAACACCGUGACACCUUCAUCGUUUGGACGAAAGACUAAAGACAGGAUGAACUAA